CUCCACCAGUCUCCUCGUCUUGAGCUGAGCAGAAGCCCGCGACGUGCCCUGCACUGCACGCGGAAGCAGAGCUCCGAGCCGUGGCGGCGGCGGGCGCGGGGCGGCGUCCGAUCCAGAUCCGCGCCGCCGGCGUGGGCGGCCGGCUUACGAGGUGGUGGGCGACUGGUUGGCAUCAUGGACUCCUCCCGCUUCCGGAGUGCGGCGGCCACGGAGGCGGCGGAGGAGGAGGCGGCGGGGUGGGUGACGGUCGAGGAGUGGGCGGGCUCCUCCGCCGCCGCGCUCUCCCGCACCGCCGUCCUCACCGCCUCCCCCUCCUCCUCCCUCGCCUCCCGCAGGUUCGGAAGCCGGUGGGGGCGGGUCGGCGGCCGGCUGCUCGGCGCCUUCGUGCCCGAGGGCUUUCCUGGGAGCGUCACUCCGGAUUACGUCCCGUUCCAGAUGUGGGAUACCUUGCAGGGUCUCUCGACUUACAUCCGUGCAAUGCUGUCUACUCAAGCUCUUUUAGGCGCUAUUGGAGUAGGUGAGAAAUCUGCCACGGUUAUAGGUGCCACUUUUCAGUGGUUUCUCAGGGAUUUGACAGGAAUGCUCGGUGGUAUACUGUUCACUUUUUAUCAGGGAUCUAACCUUGAUAGCAAUGCUAAAAUGUGGCGCCUAGUUGCAGACUUUAUGAAUGACCUUGGGAUGUUGAUGGAUCUCUUAAGCCCUCUGUUUCCUUCAUCAUUGAUUGUUAUAAUGUGUUUAGGCAGCCUAUCUCGAUCCUUCACUGGUGUUGCUAGUGGAGCAACUAGAGCAGCGUUAACCCAGCAUUUUGCACUUGCCAAUAAUGCAGCUGAUAUAUCUGCAAAGGAGGGCAGUCAGGAGACACUUGCAACAAUGUUAGGAAUGGGACUGGGAAUGCUUCUUGCCCAUGUUACCAGAGGGCAUGCUUUGGGUGUAUGGGUUUCAUUCCUUUCUCUAACGAUAUUCCAUAUGUAUGCAAAUUACAAGGCAGUGCAGUCACUUUCACUCACAACACUAAAUUAUGAGAGAAGUUCCAUCCUGCUGCAGUACUUCAUGGACAAUGGUGAAGUCCUCACACCACAACAGGUUUCCAAGCAAGAGCAUAUUCUUCCAUAUUGGUCAAGCUGGCGGAAAUUUCUUAGAAUUAAACUGCCACAUGAGCAUGUACAUUUAGGUGCUAAAGCCUCAAGGCUUACACACCCUGAUUUGCUGCAGAUUGCAAAAACAAGGCCCUACUAUAGAAAUGAGAACUAUUUCUUGCUGGAUAAGGAAGGCAGUGUUCACAUUUUCAUCCACAAGCAGGCAGCGGCAACAGAUAUUUUGAUGUCCUUCAUACAUGGACUCGUGUUAGCACAUUUGAUGCAGAAGAGCAAAUCUGGGCAUGCGGAGGCUCGCCAAUGGAUUGAUGAGAAAUAUAACACUUUUAUCUCAAAGCUAAUGAAAAAUGAGGAUUCCACGCAUUUGCCUGUUGUAUAUGACACCAAACUGCGGUGGGAGAAGUCAGAUCCAUAAAGUUAAGGAAUGCUCUAUUUUGGGUAUGUCAAAAACCAAAAGCUGAGUCAUCGUAACACUGGUUUUCGCCUUAGCAUGGCUACCCCAAAAUGGCGUAUAUCCCCAUCGCAGAUAGCAGUAUAGCACCAUCUUAUGCACGUGUGCUGGAGUACAUUCAGGUCUCUUAGUAGCCUGGUCCUUGUACUUUGUCAAAGGGUGGAUUUAGGUCUGGUAACAUUUUAUGAUAUAAAUGUGAAUUUCAACGUUUUUGCA